CGCCGCUCGGCGCACCUGGACCCGAGACGGCGGCGGCCGCGCUCCCGGGCUCCCACCGCCCUCCCUGCGCGAGCGGCUCCGGGGCCGCGGCGUGGGCCGGCCCGACGCGGCGUCUCCCCCUCCCCGGCCGAGCGGUUCCCACUGGCAAGAUGGUGCCCGGCGCUCCCCGCGCGCUCCUGCUGCUGCUGCUCUUCGCCGGCCCCGCGUCGCGGGCUUCCCAGAACUGUCUGAACAAGCAGCAGCUCCUCACGGCCAUCCGCCAGCUGCAGCAGGUGCUGAAGGGACAGGAGACCCGCUUCGCCGAGGGCAUCCGCAGCAUGAAGAGCCGGCUGGCGGCGCUGCACAGCUCGGUGAACAGAGUGGGUGCAGACGCCCCCCCAGUGUCCUGUCCUGCUCUGAAUGCCCCCCCAGAUGGCAGAAAGUUUGGAAGCAAGUACUUAGUGGAUCAUGAAGUCCAUUUUACCUGCAACCCUGGGUUCCAGCUGGUUGGGCCCAGCAGUGUGGUGUGUCUUCCCAACGGCACCUGGACAGGGGAGCAGCCCUACUGUAAAGACAUCGGCGAAUGCUCCAGCCAGCCUUGUCAGAAUGGGGGGACCUGCGUGGAAGGAGUCACCCAGUACAAAUGCAUCUGUCCUCCGGGGAGGACUGGGAGCCGCUGUCAGCACCAGGCCCAGACAGCGGCCCCCGACGGCAGCGAGGCCGGCGACCCCGCCUUCAGCCGUGCGCCGCGCUGUGCGCAGGUGGAGCGGACGCAGCACUGCAGCUGCGAGGCCGGCUUCCACCUGAGCGGCGCCGCCGGCGACAGCGUCUGCCAGGAUGUGAAUGAAUGCGAGCUCUACGGGCAGGAGGGACGCCCCCGGCUCUGCAUGCACACCUGUGUGAACACCCCAGGUUCCUACCGCUGUGCCUGCCCCAGCGGGUACCGGAUGCUGGCCGAUGGGAAGAGCUGUGAGGAUGUCGACGAGUGUGUGAGCCCGCAGCUCGUGUGUCCACAGGGGACCAUGUGCAUCAACACCGGUGGGGACUUCCAGUGCGUCAGCCCGGAGUGCCCAGAGGGCAGCGGCAACGUGAGCUACGUGAAGACCUCCCCGUUCCAGUGUGAGCGAAACCCCUGCCCCAUGGACAGCCGACCCUGCCGCCACUUGCCCAAGACCAUCUCUUUCCACUACCUUUCUCUGCCCUCCAACCUGAAGACGCCCAUCACGCUCUUCCGCAUGGCCACAGCCUCAGCCCCCGGCCGACCUGGACCCAACAGCCUGCGCUUUGGGAUCGUGGGUGGGAACAGCCGGGGCCACUUUGUGAUGCAGCGCUCAGACCGGCAGACAGGGGAGCUGAUCCUCGUGCAGACCCUGGAGGGGCCUCAGACGCUAGAGGUGGAUGUUGACAUGUCAGAAUACCUGGACCGCUCCUUCCAAGCCAACCACGUGUCCAAGGUCACCAUCUUUGUGUCCCCUUAUGACUUCUAAGGCAGCCGGGGGGUCACUGCAGUGUGGAGGUCUGGGCUCAUUUCGCUUCCUCAGAGAUCAGCUGUGGGCCCAGACUGCGACGGCUGUCUCUCCCCACCCUGCCUUGCCCCUGCCCACUCGCCCACCCACCCACCUGCCCGUGCCCCCAGGUUUCUAGGGCAGGGCCGCACACUCUUGCAGGGAGUGGCACGGAAGGGCAGCUACGACUGCUGCCGUCACGGUGUUCUUUUCUCUGCUUUAAGCUCUUCCCGUAGAUUAUGCACGAACUCUCUCAUGUCUUUACAGGGAAGUGGGCAGUCUUUCAAAAUGCUGGCUGAAUGGCAUUGUGAGUUCGAACCAACCGGGGAGGGAAAAGCCGAUGGUAUGUGUCUGAGAUGCCUGUCAGUCCUCUGUACGGUUAUAGUCAAGCCUUGUUACGAAGCGGUUCCUGCAUGCUGGGGGCCAUGGUGCCCCGCUCGUGCGGCAUAGGGAUUGGGCCUCCUGCCACAGCCCAGCACGGUGCUCUUGUCCGCAUUCCCUUCUGUGACAUGCCUGCCAGCCUUCUCAUCAGAAAGCCAUGGCAGGGCCUGGAACCCCCAUGCAGAUUCUUCUAGACCAAGGAACCAACGUUAAAGCCUAAGUUCUGCCUGAAUGAAUUCCCUUUUGAGAAAUCGUAUCUCAGAACAUAACCUGGUCUCGCAACUGGAGAAAUAAAGUCUCUUGCCCCCCGGUGCCCACCUGGCCUGUCCCUGCACAUGAGUGAGCCCAGUGCCUUCUAGGAAGGGAUACCUGGCUCUCUUCCAAUCUAGGCUGGGUCCACUGGGAUAAAUACACAAGAAAGAAAACGUGGAGGUGACCUUGGGAUCACGCCACCAAUAGAAAUCUGGCUUGGCCAAACAGGAGAUUGGUGAGGCCACAUCUGGCUGUGGCAAGCUUAAGAAAAUGCUUGAAUUUACAUUGAUUCCAGGGCCUCCUACUCCUGAUGGAGGAGCCAAGGGGCCGUGCCCUCCAGGUGACUGAAGAAAGGGAGCACUGGCUGGGGCAUGGGGUGGGGUGCAGAGCAUUCAUGUUAAAACUUAAAAGCCAACUGAAUUGGGAGGAGAUUUCAGUAUCCAAAUACAAGCUAAUCUAGGUGAGAUUUCAUCAGAUGUUUUAUUUUAAAAUUCCUUCUAUUUGCCUUGGUAUGAGACGGAGCCGGAGAAGGUGUGUUGCCCGUUUAGUGAUCGAGCCCUAUGCCAAGAUGGUUUCUAGGAAAAACCUAUCCUUGUCUUAUUUUGUCAAAGAGCGAGACACAGUCAAGACCUGCUUUUGACAUGUUUCUUCUCCCAUGGCUUGGCUGCAGUUUCUCCCAACAGCAGAACGGGGGGCUGCACAUCUGCCUUAACGGGUUGUCGCAGCUUGUCUUCAAACUAUUAGCCACAGCCUUGUGUUUUCAAAUGGUGCUAUGACUCGGCUUAGAAGCUCGCAUGCCAUGUAGUGCCCUGUGCAGAACGCCAGGGAGGGCCAUCCAAGAGCAUGGCCAUGACCCUGAAAGUACAGUGUCACAGCGGUGCGUUCCUCCUUCCUGCCGGGAGCAGGACUGGUUCCCAGGGGCAAGCCUCUCACCUCCCAGCAGGCAAAGAGUGAUUUAGGGAGCUACAGAGCAGUGCAGCUGCCAUCAUACACCCGCCUAGACUGGGGUAUGAUGAGGAUUUGGAUGCCACACAGGCCCAGUGUAAACCAGUGGUUUACAUCACCAGGACCUGCCAUGAUCAAAGCUGCUUCCCAUUUAUGAAAUCCCACAUCCAGCCCCAUCCCCGCAGCACCAGUAUAUGAAUGCCUGGCGGCUUAGGACCCCCUCUUGUGGAUGGUGCCUGGGCCCUUCCUCCAUGGGCAAUAGCUUGUCUCUGCACUGUCUCUACCACUCACUUUCCCCUGGAGAAACCAGCUUCUCCCUUGUCCUUUCCUAGCUGCAGGAUGCACUAGGCCAGAGUAGUGAGGAGUUAACAAAGUAGCUAGGAGUUGCACCCCUUUCCAGGUAAGAGAGCUUCCUAUCAUUGGCAGGGGGUUUGUAAAACUUGUUAUCAUGCAUAGUUGCAAACAUGUACAGAAGUAGAGAGAACAGCAUGGUGAACGCCACGUGCAAACCACCAGCUUCAACAAUUAACCCACAGCCAACCUUCCCCCACCUCUUCUCUCACCCCACCUGAUGAUGAUUCUGAAGCAGAUCCUGGACAUCAUAUCAUUUCAUCAGUAAAUAUUUCAACAUGUACCUCCAAACCACAAGGACUUCUGAAAAAGCUUAACCUCCAUAUCAAUGACACUUUAAAAAUUAGCACUAUUUCCUUAAUACCUUCAACUAUUCAGUCAUUGUUCAAACUUCUGAGUGGCUCAGGAGUUUUCAUUUGUUUGAGUUAGGUCCAUGCUCUGUAAUUUGUGGACACGCCUCUUGAGUCUCCUUUAAAUGUAGCAUCGGCUCUCACCUGGUAGCACAUUCUGGAAUCACUGGAGGCCUGUUGGAAAUCACUACUGGAUGGUGUGCCCUGUAGAAUUUCUCACAGCCUGGGUCUCCCUGGGUGCGUCUCUGUAGUGUCUUUUAACAUGUUCCUCUGUCCCAUUUCUUAUGCAUCAGUAGUUGUAUCUGGAGAUUUAGUCAGAGUCCAGUUGUGUUUAUUUGUGCAAGACGACUUUAUUGGUGGUGACAGGUACUUCUGGUGGGAGCCAUUUACUCUCUAGCCACCUCUUUUCUGAUGGGAGCAGCCGUUCAUGAUUAUUGCAUAGACUCGUAAUUUCUUUAGGGGCUGCAAAAAUAUUCUGGUGCUGUUGUUUCUUCUUUGUUUGUUAGCUGGCGUACUUCAUAAAGAGAAACUUAAUUUCUAUCAAUGAUUCAUUUGGUUACUCUGAGGUUUGGUUUGUAGAGGAAGGCAGCCUAAAUUCUUGGCUUUUUCCCCUUUCUCAGUUUCCAAGGUGGCUUUUCUUUGAGUACAUUAUGAACUCCUGAUUUAAUCAUAUUUCAUGUGUGUUUCAAUCCUUUGCAAUUGUUAUCUUUUACCGUUACUCAUGUUAUCCCAUCUUUGGCUCUUGGGAACUGUGUUAAGUUGGCUGAUUCCUUUUCACAUGACCCCAGUGGUCUUUGAUAUUUUGUAAUUAUCUUGUAUGACAAGAUGUUUGAAGCUCAUCUCAUGAUUUUAUGCCCCAGCCCUGACUUCACAUCCAGUGAUUCCCAGGGAUCCCUGGCUCCUCUUAGUGGGGAAUAAUAAUUAGAGACCAAAAUCUGGGUGCUAGGAGUGCUCAUUGGUAGUGGUUUGGCCACUGUCUCUUGGUGUCAGUGGACAGAACUAGGAAAUAUGUACAGUGAGUUUUGGGGUGUGUUUUUUUUUUUAACCAGAUGAGUUUAUAAUGGUACUCCCAAUUCAACUCAGGACUACAGGGUUUUUAACGUAACCUUACUGAUUUUACGUCUGCUUUUCUUUUACUCCUUCCAAAAACCUCCUUCUCAAAAUCACCAAAAUAAUUACACGUUGUUUUAAAUCCUUAGAAUAACAAUGCUCAAACUAUCAUAAAAAAUAAUUACUGAAAACAGUUAAAAUUUUGUUUUGCAAUUCUUCUUGUCCUUAAGGUUUUUGCCAUUAGGGAUGUUCAGUCAAAUUACCAUUUUAAAAUAACUUAGAAUAGUGGCUGUGUUCCAGACUUGAAUCAGGGUUAUGGUUGUUAACUUUAUUUUGCUUAAAUUUUGAAAAAUUGCUUUUUUCAUUUUAAUUUUUUAUAAUUAUGUAAACUAUUUACAUGGCUCCAAAGUCAAAUCCACGAAAGGAGCUUCAUUCAGAGAAAUCUGUAUUCUGACCCAGUCCCCUCCACCUAUUUCCUCCUUCUGCCUUAGAUAAAUUUUUUUACAUUUCACCCUUCUAUUAAAUACAUAAAUAUAUAUAUAAACAAAUGAUAAAUGAUAGCACACUAUUUCACACUUUCCUUGGUCUUGCUUUUUCCCCCCAUAACAAUAUAUUGAAUAUCAUUCCAUAGAACCGGAUAGAAUAUUCUCCUAUUAAAUGUUCCAUUAUGAGGUCAUACAUACGAUUGUUUAUUCAACCAGUCACCUGAUUGACAUUUGGGUUGUUUCCAAUCCUUUGCUAUUAAAAGUAUUGCAG